AUGGAAAAUCCGGCAAAUCACGGGGAACCUACUGAAGUUGUAUUUCAAGUUGUCAAUAUCAGUGGAACUAAAUUUAAAGUAUUUAACACAGUAUGGUUAAACAUAAGAAAUAAAGUGCCGCUUAAAUUUAGAAAUAAUUUGCAUGCAUUGGAAGGGGAAGUGUUUGUUGCACGAGAUUCUCGUGUAUUUCAAGCAAUAUUUUACGAGCACUUAGGAGGAGAGCUACAUAUUCCGAGUGAUAUGUGUCCAUCAAUUUUUCGUAAAGAGCUAAACUUCUGGGGAAUUGAGGAAACAGAUUUAGCAAAGUGUUGCUUCGUUAAGUAUAUGACAUAUUUUGAUGACCAAAAUGCACUGAAGAUACUUGAGAGAGAUGAAAGGAGGAAGACUGAAGAAAAACGUAUUCUGGAUGACUUGAGUUAUCACGCCGGCUGGCAGGGCAUUCAGGCAAAGAUAUGGUUGAUUCUAAACGAACCUUAUCACUCAUAUUACUCAAAAAUUUAUUUCAUUCUACAUAUGAUUAUCAUCACAGUUUCCCUAUUUGCGCUGGUAGCCGGAACACACCAUACAUUCCAGCGACCGCUUAAUAUUCAUGAAUGGAAAGUUUAUUUCGGCGAGGAAUGGGACAUAUAUAGUCACCAUUUUUAUGACACAAGCAAUAUAGAUGCAGAAGCAGAGGAAGAAUCAAGGUCUGAUGCAGAAGUUGAAUCAUUACCAGAACCGGAAGUUGAAUCAGAAACAGAACCGGAAGUGGAAUCAGAAGCUGAACCGGAAGUGGAAUCAGAAGCUGAACCGGAAGUAGAAUCAGAAGCAGAACCGGAAGUGGAAUCAGAAGCUGAACCGGAAGCAGAAACAGAGUGGAUUAAUGCCACAACAACAGGCGUUCAAACAACUCCAGAGCCUACACCAGAAGAACCAACAGAUUCGGAACCAGUCAAUAAUGAAGCUGAAGCAGAAGACAGCUUGAAUACAGUACCGUUACCAGAAAACACACGCGCACGAUUUGUUUUCUUAGAUGUUAUUGAAUUUUUCAGCAUUGCUUUUUUCACAAUAGAUUUGAUUGUAAGAAUAGUUGUAUGUCCCUUUAGGUGUAAACUUUUGUACUCAUUUCUACACUGGGUUGACGUGUUUGCACUUGCUGUAAUGUAUGCUAAGUAUAUAGUAGAGGCAAUUUCUCCCAGAGAAAAAUAUGAGGCAUCCGUUCUUGACAUCUUACAUUGUUUACAAGUAGUUAGAAUUUUACAAAUGUUCCGUCUCGUGGAAAGUCCAGUUGGGUUUCGUGUAUUACUUUACGCUUUCAAGGCAAGCGGUGUGGAGCUUAUGCACAUGUCGCUUUUUCUGUUUGUUGCUAUGCUCUUAUUUUCGACUUUCAUAUAUUUUUCCGGAGACCCAAAUUUUCCAAACAUUCCUGAUGCAUUUUGGUGGUCUUUGAUCACCAUGACUACGGUAGGGUAUGGAGAUAUGGUUCCUAAGCAACCGUUGUCAAGGUUGGUCGGGGUACUUUGUGCAAUAACUGGUGUUUGCGUGAUUGCUGUAAUCAUACCUAUAUUUGUUAACAACUUCAUGCUCUUUUAUGCAUAUUCGAAGUUAUGGGGACGAGAAAAAGAAAGUAAUGAUACUAAGCAUAAAAUAAAUAGUACCCAAGUAAUUCCAUUUGACCAAUCUUAAUAAUACACUUAAUGUAGUAUGUCCAUCUUCACGCCAUGUAUUACUAAUUGUUGUAAUCAGUUAUCGAGAUUAACUUUAAUAAGCAUCUAGUGCUUCUGUCAAAAUCCCUUACAUGUAUUA